AUGAUCCCAAGGAUUUUACGCCUCAUCGUCCUUGCGAUAUGGUCAGCAGAGGCCGUGGCAUCGCCCGUCCGUUCCUCCGACCAGGACCACAGCAAUGUCAAUCAUGGCAAGAUCCUUACUCACGAACCUGAAUACGAUCCCCUGUGGGAGAAGUACGGCCUAAACAAGUCGCAAGAAUUUAAGUACUUUCAUGAACCAGGUAAUGAUGAUAUCCUGGGACACUACGAUACGCGCUUUUUCACAGAACCGGUUCCGGACAAAGAGCGCUCCGAGACCAUGACGCAUAUGAUUCGCGCCUAUCUCAACUUCUUCAAUGAGCGUGGCCUGGAGACGUGGAUUGCGCAUGGAACCUUACUCGGGUGGUGGUGGAAUGGCAAGGUUCUACCCUGGGAUUGGGACAUCGACACACAAGUGCUGGAUACCACCCUGCUGCGCCUGGCUGACCAGUUCAACCAAACCGUCGUCCACUACACGGCUGCCGACUCCAGCGUGGAGCGGAGCUACCUCCUGGACGUCAACCCCUGGGCUCGACAGCGCGAACGCGGCCAGGGACUCAAUAUUAUCGAUGCGCGGUGGAUCGACAGGCGGACGGGUCUCUAUAUUGAUAUCACAGGACUGAGUAGGCUGGAACCGGAGAAACCCAGUCUAUGGCAGGAUAAAAACGACCACAAGUAUCAGACAGGGGACAUUUACCCCCUGCGCAAGACGACUUUUGAAGGAGUACCGGCCAAGAUCCCCUUCGACUACGACUCUGUCUUAAUCAAAGAAUAUACUCAGGAAGCGUUGACGAGCACCAAAUUCCACAACCAUACAUGGUAUCCUGACUUGGAACAAUGGGUUUCCGAUCACGACGAGAUCGCCAAAGGCAAGCUGAAUGACGAUCGUCAAUAUGAGAGGCGGUAA